GCAUUUUUUUAAAGCAUGGCUGCAGUAAAAUCCGAAGAAAUCGAAGAAAAUGAUUACCAAGAUGAAAACAAAAUUGAGAUUGUUGAAGAAACCGUAGAAAUUGGAAAGAAAAAGAAAAAGAAGAAAAAGAAAAAGGGUGAAAAAGAUGCAGCCGAUACCGAUCCUCCGGCAAAUCAGGAAGAUGAACACGAAGAAACUGAAAUGAAGGUAUCGGAGGAGGGCGAAAAGAAAAAAAAGAAACGUAACCGCAAAAAGGGUGGGAAACUUACACAAACGGAUCCCCCAUCUAUCCCGAUUGCUAACUUGUACUCUGAUGGAGUGUAUCCCGUGGGCGAAAUUCAAGAUUACCCUGUCGUGAAUGAUGAUAGAACUGCUAGAGAUCGAUUUACAUCUGAAGAGAAACGUGCUUUGGACAGAAUGCAUAAUGAUAUUUACAAUGAAGUUAGAUUGGCUGCCGAGGCCCACAGACAAACUCGAAAGUAUAUACAAAACUGGAUAAAACCGGGCAUGACAAUGAUAGAAAUAUGCGAAACUUUGGAAAGCGUUGCUAGAAAACUGAUUGAUGAAAACGGGCUAAAAUCAGGGUUAGCAUUUCCAACGGGUUGUUCAAGGAAUCACUGUGCCGCCCACUAUACCCCAAAUGCAGGCGACAAAACAGUCUUUGAAUAUGACGAUGUUGUUAAAAUUGAUUUUGGAACGCAUAUCAAUGGAAGGAUAAUUGAUUGUGCAUUUACGCACACAUUCAAUCCAAAAUACGAUAGGCUCAUUGAAGCUGUUAGAGAUGCUACUAAUACGGGCAUUAAAGCUGCGGGCAUUGACGUUCAAUUGUGUGAAAUUGGUGCUCAAAUUCAAGAGGUGAUGGAGUCAUAUGAAGUGGAAUUGGAUGGGAAAACUUAUCAAGUUAAACCAAUUCGAAACCUUAACGGACAUUCGAUCUCACCUUAUCGAAUUCACGCGGGCAAAACCGUCCCGAUCGUUAAAGGGGGCGAGGCGACGGUCAUGGAAGAGAACGAAUUUUACGCCAUUGAGACAUUCGGGUCCACAGGAAAAGGAGUCGUGCACGACGACAUGGAGUGCUCGCACUACAUGAAAAACUUUGACGCGGCUUACGUACCAUUGCGUUUGCAAUCUUCCAAGGCUCUGCUCAACGUCAUCAACAAAAAUUUCGGCACAUUGGCUUUUUGCAAGAGAUGGUUGGAUCGCGCGGGGGCGACCAAAUAUCAGAUGGCUCUAAAAGACCUCUGUGAUAAGGGCGUCGUGGACGACUACCCACCGUUGUGCGACAUAAAGGGGUGCUACACGGCCCAAUUUGAGCACACAAUCAUGCUGAGGCCUACGUGUAAAGAGGUGGUGUCGCGAGGAGAUGAUUACUAAAGCCGUUAUAUUUUUCACAUAAUUCAAUGUUGUCGGCGUACAUUGUUUUUACCGUUUAAAUAAAACACACCCUAAACAUGUUA